AUGACACCUAAUCCUUCUGUAAUUAAGUUAACGCCAGAGGAAUACAAACAAUUGGCUUCGUUUAAUAUAACAUACGGAAGGGCAAACACUAAAUUUGGCGAUUGCUUGAUGGCUUUGAACGAAGAGAGCUUUUGCUUCGUGCAUUUCGGCGAUACAGACGCUGGUAUCGAUGAAUUGAAAGAAACGUUUCCUAACGCGAAUUUGUCGCUAAACGACGGUUUGAUUAGGGAAAAGUCCCAUCUGUUUGACUCCGAACAGCUAGACAUCAAAGUUACUUUGAAAGGUACGUUGUUCGAAAUGCGAGUUUGGGAAUACUUAGUACACGUUCCCAGAGGGAAGACUGUGUUUUACGAAGAAGUAGCCAAAGGUAUAGGCAAAUCGAAAUCGGUGCGAGCCGUAGCCAAAGCUGUAGCUAAGAACAGGAUCGCCUACUUUGUCCCUUGCCACAGGGUUAUCUAUAAAAAUUUAAAAUUAGGCAACUACAAGUGGGGCGAAGAUCUAAAGAGGAAAUUAUUGGCCAACGAGAAACAAACAGCUAAAAGGAAAUUUCUGGAUUUAUUCAACAAUUGCCGGAAAAAGAAAUUAAAAGAAGUCGCCCAGGAAGAUAGAGAAGAUAAAUGA